AUGUCAGAAAUAAGAGUGUUGCAUUGGCUCGACUACAUGGCCAUAUUGGUAGUGGCGAACAGGGAUGGAAAUUUUAGAAGCGAGGUAGAAGUGCGCGGGCGCGGCACGGAGCCGGCGUUCCUGCACGAGCUGCACUCAACGCUGGCGUCUGGGGUCGCGCCCGCGCCGCACUGGCACCACACCCUGCUUCUCGUGCUCAAAGGGCUCGUCUUCAUCACUAUCAUCCUCGGCGCGCUGCUUGGCAACGCGCUUGUCAUAAUCUCUGUACAUCGACACAGGAAGCUCCGCGUCCUUACCAACUACUACGUCGUCAGCCUUGCUGUCGCUGACAUGCUUGUCGCCCUCUGUGCUAUGACUUUUAACGCCAGCGCCGAACUCACCGACGCUUGGCUCUUCGGCCCUCUAGUCUGUGAUAUAUUUAACUCCCUCGAUGUUUACUUCUCAAGCGCUUCUAUACUACAUCUCUGUUGCAUUUCUGUAGAUAGAUAUUACGCUAUCGUCCGACCUCUGGAGUAUCCUGUGACAAUGACACACAGAACUGUUUGCUUUAUGCUCGCUAACGUGUGGCUUUGGCCAGCCUUCAUCAGUUUUGUCCCCAUAUUCAUGGGAUGGUACACAACAGAACAACAUCGACAGUACAGAAAGCAACAUCCAGACGUCUGCAUGUUCAAAGCCAAUAUGGUGUAUGCAAUAAUUUCAUCGAGCGUCUCCUUCUGGAUCCCAAGUGUGGUUAUGAUAUCGAUGUACUGCCGGAUAUUUAGAGAGGCUAUCAGACAACGAGAAGCUUUAACGCGAACUUCCUCGAACAUUCUUCUUAAUUCUGUCCACUUGAGGCACACGUCACAUGCCGCUCAUCAUUCCCACUAUCUACAUCCUGACAGACGACCGUCCGACAUCAGUCCCAAUUACAGCACGUUUACAGAAGUUGGCCCAGAAGAGACGGAGUUUGGUGGAGAAGUUGUGAUGGCUUUGGGUGAUAUAUGUCCGAGUAAAGAAGCCAGUCCGAGGAAGUCGGUUAACGUGAGUUGUGAUACGGCAAGUUCAGGUUAUUGUUCGGGAGGUUCGAAUAAGCGAUCAUCUAGUGGGCAAACUGCGACUGGCUGGAGGCCGAGUUGUGCGUCUGCGGCUGCAUCCAGAGAUUUAGCGAAAGCUGCUACGGAACUUAAUUCUCAAGGUGCAUCUCUGCGAGCGGCGGGCAAGUCUUGGCGGGCGGAACAUAAAGCUGCUCGUACACUAGGCAUUAUUGUUGGUGCUUUUUUACUAUGUUGGCUGCCUUUCUUUUUAUGGUACGUAACGACAAAUGUAUGUGGAGAGCCAUGUGAGACUCCGGACGUGGUUGUAGGGGUUCUAUUCUGGAUAGGUUAUUUCAAUUCAGCGCUAAAUCCGCUAAUUUACGCGUACUUCAAUAGGGACUUUAGAGAUGCGUUCAAGAAUACUUUGAUGUGCGCUUUACCUUGCUGCUUUAGCUGUUGGAAGGAUACUGGUGGGACGCAUUUCGUAUAG